AUGACGGGUACUAAACACUCACGGUUCGGCUUGGUGGCUUGGCUGAGACCGUUUGCCCUCGCCGAGGACCUGGCCUCGACAGUUUACCAGGAUGGCCUUGAACUCACAAGGACCCUGGCUCUGCGCUGGGACUACCGGCGUCCACUACAGUGCGCAGCUAGCUACAAAGUCUGGGCUGUUGAACCACGAAAAACACCCGCGCGCACCGACUUCCCCAGUUCGCAACUAAGAACCGAAGUUAUCCGCAUCAACGCGCCUCCCCCGCCUGUCUCUGCGAGGCCGUGGGACUCCGUUCCACCUACAAGCAGCUCAAGAUGGCAGUCGUCCCCGCCCCUCCUCCGGGAUGUCCCGGCUUCAACCGUCCCGCCUGGUCCUGCGGGGUCCGCUCGCCUCACCCACCGGCCGCCACCGGCCGCCAAGAGUCCGCCUGCAGCUCCGCGCCGCCGCUCCCCACGGCGCGCGUGGGACGAAAGCCACGGCCGCGGCGCCCAGCCCCGCCUCCCGCUCCUCCGGUCCCGGGCGGAUGCAGUCGGGCAGCCGGGCUCGCAGCCACCCCGUCGGGGCCCGACCGCAGCCGGCGCGUACUCACCGCGAGGCUGGCGACGGCGCGCGCGGCGGAGGCUCUGGGGCAGCCUGGAGCGACGGUGCGAGCCGCUCCCCCGAGUCUUCAGCGGCCCGGGAGGGGCGGAGCCUGCGGGCGCCGCCGCCGCCUCCGAGCGGCUUUCGCCCGCGCCGCCUCGGCCAAUGAGAGGGCGCGGGCGGCCUUUGAAAGUCAACGGCCGCGGGCCGGGCGCCUGCGCCCUGGGCGCCGCGGAGGAGCUCGGGGGUCGCGGCUCGGAGCGGGAGGGCCGGGGGGUGGGGCGAGCGGCCCGGGACGCCCGCGGCUUCUGGAGGCGGCUCGGCCCGACUGCUUAUUACUGGCGACCACGCCCGCGCGCGCUGGCCCGGGCCACGCGGAGCCUUCCAUUGUUACCUCACAGUUCCAGGCUCCCGCCGGCCGCUGAAGUCACCGCCUGGAGGGCACGUCCUCCGCCCGCCCCGCCGAGGCCUCGGGCCCCCCUUCCCUGGUGUCCCCUCCCGCCACCACCCCCAGUUGGGGCGCGCUCGGCGGGACUGGCGCCUGCUCCCCGCCCUGUCCCCGCAGGCUGUCCCUGGCCGCCCACCCUCGCCUCUCCAGCACGGGGGACCAGGGAGCGCAGCCGUCGUCUUCCCGCUCGCUCCCGGCCCCGGCUCCUCUCCCGAGUGCCCUUCGAAGUCGCACUCACUCCCGAGUUACGUGCGCGGGGCUCCACUCCGUGCAUCGCUGGACGCCCAAGUUUUAAGCUUCUAUUCGGGAGACCUCAGAAAUCAGUAUAGCAUGGGAGAGCUGGUGACAUAAAGCGUGAAUUCUGGGCUGGGCGUGCGGCCCGUGCUCACCUGGAACGGUCAGUCCUCAGCCCUGAAAGCUAAUCAGCUGUGUGUGCUGACUUCUUGGCGCUCCACAGAGGCCUUGCUCGACACAUUCUGACUUGAGCCCUGAAGCAGGAGGUCUCAGCACUGGCUGCUCACCCAGGAUCCAGUCCCAUCCCCCACAGGGCAGCUCACAACCAUCACAGGGAAUCUGGCUCUUCUGAGAUCAUCAGGCUUGCAUGUGGCUCACACAUACAUGCAUGUUACAAAGCACACCCGGUCACAUUAAAUAAACAGG